UGUUGAUAGUGUUUGGAGACAGGAAGCUGGAGCUCACAUGACGAUGGCGUUUUAUAUUUUAUGCGUGAUGUUUGCCGCCGUCUCUGUGGCCCACUGCUUUCCUGCUGCCUUCCAGGACCUGGAGUUUGGUAGCACCAACAGAACCUCCAUCAAGUUCCUGGCUGUGGGCGACUGGGGUGGGGUGCCUUAUCCGCCGUACAUCACCGCCGUACAGAAGGCUACGGCUCGUGAAAUGAGCAAGAUAGCAGAGCAGAUGGGAGCCGACUUUAUUCUGGCCCUUGGCGAUAACUUCUACUACAAAGGUGUGGACAGUGUGGAUUCUCCCCGCUUUCAGACUACGUUUGAGACGGUGUAUACGUCGAAGUCUCUCAGGGUCCCGUGGUACGUCCUGGCCGGGAACCAUGACCACGCAGGAAGUGUGAAAGCCCAGAUCGAGUACAGCCGCAAGUCUGAAAGAUGGCGAUUCCCCUCCUACUACUACGAGCUGAACUUCCGCAUCCCCAACACCGGGAAGACCCUGACCAUCAUCAUGCUGGACACCGUCAUGCUGUGCGGCAACUCCAACGACUACGCGGACGAGAAGCCCAGGGGACCGCUGCGAGCCGUGGACGCCAACCGCCAGCUGGUCUGGCUGCAGGAGCGACUGGCUCGGUCCAAGGCCGACUUCCUGCUGGUGGCGGGCCACUACCCGGUGUGGUCGGUCUCGGAGCACGGGCCCACGGACUGCCUCCUGCAGAGGCUCCGCCCCCUGCUCAACAAGUACAAGGCGACCGCUUACCUCUGCGGCCAUGACCACAACCUGCAGUACAUCCAGGAGUCCGGCGUGGGCUAUGUGGUGAGCGGCGCCGGAAACUUCCUGGAUCCGGACAUCCGUCACUGGAAACAUGUCCCGAAAGGCACGGUCAAGUUCUUCACGGGCCAGGCGUCGACGCUGGGAGGCUUCGUCCACGCAGAGGUCACCAAGAACCAGAUGAUUCUGACUUUCCUCCAGGCCAAAGGCACGUCUCUCUACCGCACGGUUCUGUCCCAAAGGGAGCUUAACGAAUGAGUUUAUGAAGACGUACGUUAUCCGCAGUAUAGUUCUGAAUCUAGUGAUUACUGCUGAUCUUACCUUUUUAAAGCUGGCAUUAAAAUUAAGAAUGUUUUAAGAAAAAAAUCAACUACUUUUACAUGUGACUUUAUUGUAUAAAUAAAUGCUGUUUCU